GUGCCUGACGGUGUCCUUUCAUUUAUUAACAAGAAAUCAAAGCAGACAUGGACAUUCCUGACACAUGGGUUGGUUCCUGGAGGCCUCACACAAGGAGGGGUCCUAUUGCUGCAAUGUUCACCGGCCCCGGGCCCAAGUACGCCCUCCCAGGGGCGACAGGUUUAGAAGGGCAUGACCCACGGAAAUCGAAGGCUCCUGCUUACAGUUUUGGAAUACCGCAUCAGCAAUCAAUCGACAGCUGCUCACCCGGACCUGGCUACCUUGUACCUGCAAAUAUCACUAGAUUCGGAUGUGUUGGAGGCCCAGUUUAUUCCCUAUACAGUCGACCCAGAGACCCUAGGCUGUUUCAGACCCCAGGACCAGGUGCUUAUCGCCCUGAGGAAGCAGUAAAGAGAACUUAUUCUUCUGCCCCUGCAUACUCACUGUCUGCUAGGACCGAACUGUUCCACAACGAUCAAACUCCAGGUCCUGCUGCAUACAUGCUUCCUCCAGUGCUGGGACCAGUAUCAGUGGGUAAAAGAUCUGCUCCGAAUAUAUCUCUAAGUGGUCGCAACAAAAUAACCAGCUUUCAUGAAGACUUGAGGAAAACUCCAGGACCUGGGACGUAUAGGGUUGUGGAUGUAAAUGUGUACAAAUCUAAAAACCCGCAGUAUAGCAUGAUCGGUCGCAACAGCUUGCCUGGUGAUACAAGCCAAAAGCCAGGGCCUGGAACUCACUAUCCAGAGAAGGUGACCUGCACAAGACCCAAAGCUCCCAGCUUCUCUUUUGGUGUCCGUCACUCUGAGUACACUGCCCCGCUGGUUCUGGACAUCAAUGAAUAACCACUAUCUCAUGUAAAUCUAACACAGCGGGCGAGCCAGACACAGACACCAGAGAUUGGUGGGAAAAGUACUCUUUUAUUUAGAAAAAUAGGAAGGAAAAAGGGUGAAGAGUGUGGAUCUCUUGAGCAGGGUGAGUAAAGAGGGCGGGAAGUUUGGUUCUGCAGCCUUUGCCAUGGAAAGGAUACAUGAUGG